AUGAACAGUGAAAUACAAAUUUUCCCAAGUGUUGAAAACAGUGCUCACUUUGGCAGUCAAAAUUUUCUUGGAUCUUCUAAGGCAAGUGGCGACACCUCAAUAACAAAUACUUACCCUACUUUACCGAAAUACUACCCGGAGGAUCACGAACUCACGAAAUGGAUGAUUAAUCAGAUGCGUCGUCGCAAUGGGCUUCACCACUUAAUCAAUUUUGCAAAUUCUCAUCCAUUCAUCCUUUCUGCAUAUUUUGAAGUCCUGGAUCAGCCUGAUAAGUACAUCAGCUCUAAAGAGGCUUCGAAUUUUCCAGCUUACUCAUCAAAGACAAUACUAUUUUUGACACCGCUUGCCAUGGCAGUAUACUUUGGAUGCAAGUCUGUUAUCAGAAUUUUGUUGGACGAGAGCGGAGCUCGACUGCAAUCCCGUGCGCGGAGCAACGUGGACAUGAAUGCUACAUGUUACGCUAGACGAAUCAAGCCAAGGCAUGGAAUUCUUGGUUUUGAAGACUAUUUUACAACAUCACCAGCUGUGUUGGCCCUUCGGAGGGAAUUCUACUUUGGAUUAAAUCUACUCAUGAUCGCUGGUUUUAAUCCACAUGACCGAAUACAAUACAUGGAUCACGUAGCAUCCCCUAGUCAAAAGGUCUACUGCAUUACUGAUCUAGUCGAAUAUGCUCUCAGACUUAUGAUUUCAAGGCCUGGAUUUGAUAUAAUUCAUCUCCUACAAUACCUCACUUAUCCAAAUCCUUCUGGUAAAUGUGCAUAUGAUGUAAUGACGUAUGAUGUUUACCUGAACCACGAUGAGGAAAAACAGACGCCUAUUUGGUUUUCGUUCUUCAGACGAAUCUGUCGGCGCGGAAUCACUCCAGCCUAUACAAAUUGUGCGAACCGGAUGAUUGACAUUUUGGAAAUUCUAGAGAACCUCGGCUUCUUCAAGCAGGACAUUAUGCCACACGGACCUGUCGCCUACAGCAUUGAACCAGGCCGUAGCCCAAUAAAACGUCAUCAUAUGCCUCAGAGAGUAACGCCGGUGGAAAUUCGAUCUCUUCAGCCAGCCGAGGCCACUGAAGCGAUGAGGGCUAUUGCCAUAGAUCGAGAUGAAUGCUUUGCAUUUUUAAUAAUUUGGCUUACCCGAAUGAAGAACAGAUGUCUUACAAAGCCCUACCAACGACUGACGAAGAUCUUACUCUCAGGACUUGUUGCUACGCGGAUGUUGGACGACUUUCUUGUACCCCCGCCACAUAUAGACCCGAAAGUGACCCUCUGGCCCCAGUGGGUAGAAUUAGGUACUGGUCUUAAUCAGCAAGUACCAAACACCAACUGGAAGUCUUGCCAGGAAGAAAUUAACAUCUUCAGUGAUGACGCUUUUGAAUCAUACUAUCUGGAACCAAUACAGGUUCACGAGUUGCGCAUGGAAUUGAAGAGAUUGGCGAUUAUUCAAGGUUUCGUAGAUGAGAAACUUGUUGAUCAGGUGAGGGAAUCGAGAAAUAGACCUAAGUCCUCAAGCAGUCCAAAUGAAAACCCCGUUACUGCUAUUGCCGCGACGGACAAACCGCGACAGCUAUCCGUAUCAGCAGUCUUUACAACUGAAUGUCACUUAGUCACUGAUGAAGGACAGCAAAGUUGUAGUAAUGGACCUAACACGCCGUCAGAGGCGACAGGUAGCCUUGAAAUAGUCCCCCGAUCAAGAAGAAUUUCACAAGAAUUUCUAAAUCAAAGCGUACCAACAGAUCAGGGUGAUAUGAACAUUCAAACUGCCGGAAUCCACAGGUUGAUUGAGCAAACAAAUAUAAGUAACAAUUUAUCUAGACCUAAUACAACAAAGCCAACCCAGGAUAUGAAACCACCAGUUAGGCGAAGACCACGGUCUGCGAAAACCAUCGGUUUUAAAUCUAUACCAAUGGAGAUAAAACAGAAGCACGCUUCUUCCAAUAAAAAGGCUAUCGUUGUAUCUAAACCUCUUCCGAGGUGGCGGAUCUAG